UCGUAUACACAAUCACUAGUUACAUAUGUGUGUGUAUAACAAAGUUUACUCUUUUCACGAUGGUAAAAAUGAUAUCGCUGAGAGAUAAUGUGGCUUUAAGGAUAUUUUGUAUACUGCUGAUUAUAAAAGGAUAUGAGACAACGAAAAGUCAAUUCCAAAUCUUAGCUGAAAAUACAACAAAGAUCGUGGAACGAAAUCUUCAUGUACAGCAAUGCAUCCAAAGCGCAAGAGAAAAAGCUUAUAGUGUAAAUGAAAAAUAUGGCGACCGACACUUUGCAGCUCUUUGGAUCAGCAUGUAUUCCCGGUUCUGUAUGAUAGAUACAAAUUUUCUUGAGCAAGACAGGAUUGAAAAUGCGUUCCCAUUCCGAUUGAAUAAAGAAAUAAGGUGCCUCAAAAACACAAAAAGAGAUCCAAUCAUCAGAGAAACAUUUGUUAAAGUACGAAACAUCAUUAAUGGCGCUCUUGAUGUUUUUGGUAUGAAAAGGCAUGUGAGGUUGUACAGAGGGAUGACUGAAUGGAAAUUCAAUAAUCAGAACUAUUUUGUAGAGGAAGGUUUCUUUAGUACGUCUACUGAUCCGACACCAGCUUUUAGAUUUGCAAAAGGCAAAUAUUUGCUAAUCGUUCAAAACAUGAACGGCGUUAGGAUAGACAAGUAUGUGGAAGAAAGAUUUAUGUACCAAAAAGAAGUUCUUGGAAAAAGCGGCAAGAUGUUUCAAAUAAAACGCAAGGUGACUGACUAUGCUGAAAUCAAAGAAAUACUGUCAGACCUUAAAGUUAAUUUGGUCAAGGUUUCUGGGGUUGACUUCCCACACACAAUUGUUUACAUAAGUGAGGUUUCAGUACCAAGUGAGCGGCAGUCUGUUAUUGAAAAGCAAUGGCCAUCUAUGAAAAGCUAUUGCUCUGUGGAUCAUUUGUCAAGUGCAAGUCAUGCCUUUAAACGAGCGAUAGUCAUUCAGUUCAUACUUGUUAUGUUGAUUUUUUUCUGGUAACCUUCUUUAAACUCCCCUAUUCAAACCCGUGUGAAAUUAUACUUAACACGUUUCAGUUGUUGCCUAGUGUCCUACUUAAUUUGUCAUCCAAUGGAAACGCUGUAUUUCUUAAAAACCAUGUGUGUAAAUUUUCAUAGAAGAACAAAACUCGAUACUUUAAUAGAUGCCUUCUAUUUUACA